AUGGACGAAGCGUGGACUGCCCUUAGCACCUUCCAGGCGCGGUCGGUGGCCACCGCCGGCAACCGCGAUAGCGCCCUUGAGCGCGAGCUCGUGCGCGACUUCAUUGCGCAAGUCCCGAUCCCAGCCAUCUUCCAGUGCCUCCAGGCCGCGAGCGACGCGGGCGAGACGAAGCAGGUCAAGCUCGUGUGCCAAUGCCUCGAGCGCAUCUUUCGCUCGCCCCUUGGCGCCGACAUUCUCUUUCAAGAGGAGAUGGGGCCCUUCUUGCUGGCCGGCGUUAGCCACACGGAGCUUUCGGCCCGCAAGUUGACGCUAGACAUGCUCGACCACCAGCUUUUGCCGCAGUUUCAUGACCGUGUGAGCGACGAGGCGUUGUUGCACGCUGUCUGCAGCUGCAUUCUCGACGACGAUCCGGGUGUUGCACGCAAAGCGUCGGACCUCUUGUUCAAGCUCGUGUCGUUGCCGGCGACCGGCAUCUACCAUGCGAUCCUCCGCCUUCUCUCCGAGCUGCUGCAAGAGCACUUGCCAGUGCUCUCGCGCGGCAACUCGGUCGAGUACGUUCGCUUGCUCGAGACGAUCGCCAAACUCGCGAGCGUCGACGACGACGUCAUGCACGAGAGCUUUGGCCGCGGCCUCCUCCAGCCGAUUCUCGACGGAGUUCAGUCCAAGGACGCACUCUUCCAGCUCAACAUUCUUGAUAUCAUUCCGGUGCUUUGCAACACCAAAGCCGGUCUCGUGCUCGUCUUCCAGUCGGAUGUCCUGACGCACUUGAUCCGCACCGUCCAAGACCCGCUCAUUGGUGGCGCCGCGCUCCGUCUGAUUGGCCAAUUUUCGACCAAAGCCGCCGCCAUCGGGGUGUCAUCGUGGAACUGGGCCGACGCGUCGCUCUCCAAGGCGUUCCUUGCCGCGAUCGAGUACUCAUUCCAAGUCGGUGACGCGCUGCAGAAGAUUGCGGCCAUGGACGCCGCUGCGGCCUUUGCGUCGGCGUCGGAAAACGAGCUCGGGCUGUUGCUGCAGCACAAGACGCUGAUCGCGCUCUUUCUCGAGUCGGCGCACUCGACCGUCCUCGAGGUCAAGUCCAACUGCUUCAUGGCACUCGCAACGAUCCUCGCGCGCCCGACGACUCUCUCGACGACAGUGGUGCCGGACGAGACGGCAACGAUUUGGACCUUGCACCAGUCGCUCUUCCGCGCCCUCGGCGGCGGCCGGCCCUCGACGAUGCAUCUUUUGAUGGACUGCCUCCGCCAGCCGUUCGAUGCCAUUCGAAUUGCAGUGUACACGCUCCUCCAAGCCGUGGUCGCCCAAGGUCACCCGUGGGGACUGCAGACGCUUCUGGCCUACGGUGGGUUCGUCGAGUACCUCCUGGACCGGUCCACGGAACCGACCAAGACGACGCGCGAGUGGAAGUUUGCCCUCGUCGACGGGAUCCUUGCGUCGCCGCACAAGGCACUUCUCGGCAAGCAGCAGCGCACGGACCUCGACACGUUCUUCGCCCUCGGCCCGUACGCUGGCCAAGCACGUCGCCAAGAGCUGUUGCUCGAGUCGGCCUAA